AACCAACAAAUCAAUCUUUAUGUGAUACAAGCACCUCUCUCUCCCCUCUCUUUUCCUCAAACCAAUAAAGCCAAUCACCCCCCACACCACACUUCACUCUCUCUUCCCAAAACAAAACAAAAAAUGGCUGAAACUCUAAACCUCCCAUUGCUACUCUCAGUCUGCAUCAUCUUCACAACCCUCUCUCUUACAACCUCUCGCACGAUCACAACCCCAUCACACACCAAUGUUCUCGAUGUCUCUUCUUCUCUCCACCAAGCCCACCAAAUCCUCUCCUUCAACCCACAACUUCUAGAAGAGCAAUCUUCAGAAACAGAAACUCCCACUUCACCAUCUUCUUCUUCUUCUUCAUUCUCUCUCCAACUCCACCCAAGAGAAACCCUCCUCAACGAGCAACACCCCAACUACAAAACCCUAGUUCUCUCCCGACUCGCCCGCGACACAGCCCGAGUUAACUCUCUCAACACCAAACUCCAGCUUGCCCUCUCCAGCCUCAACCGGUCGGAUCUUUACCCGACCGAAACGGAACUGCUCCGACCCGAAGACCUCUCGACGCCGGUCUCCUCCGGCACCGCCCAGGGCAGCGGCGAGUACUUCUCACGCGUCGGCGUGGGGCAACCCUCGAAGCCCUUCUACAUGGUCCUCGACACCGGCUCCGACGUCAACUGGCUCCAAUGCAAACCCUGCUCCGAUUGCUACCAACAAUCCGACCCGAUUUUCGACCCGACAGCGUCCUCCUCAUACAACCCCUUAACCUGCGACGCACAACAGUGUCAGGACCUCGAAAUGUCCGCUUGCAGAAACGGUAAAUGCCUCUACCAAGUCUCAUAUGGUGAUGGCUCAUUCACUGUAGGAGAAUACGUCACCGAAACUGUGUCGUUCGGAGCCGGGUCGGUUAAUAGGGUCGCAAUCGGUUGCGGGCAUGAUAAUGAGGGUUUAUUCGUUGGGUCCGCUGGGCUUCUUGGGCUUGGUGGUGGGCCUUUGUCAUUAACUUCACAAAUCAAAGCGACGUCGUUUUCGUACUGUUUAGUGGAUCGCGACUCGGGAAAAUCGUCCACGCUCGAGUUCAACUCACCUCGACCCGGUGACUCGGUCGUUGCACCGUUGUUGAAGAAUCAGAAGGUGAACACUUUCUACUACGUGGAGCUCACCGGAGUUAGCGUCGGCGGGGAAAUCGUGACCGUUCCGCCGGAGACUUUUGCCGUUGAUCAAUCCGGCGCCGGAGGUGUGAUUGUGGAUUCUGGAACCGCGAUAACUCGGUUGCGGACUCAGGCCUACAACUCGGUGCGCGACGCUUUCAAGAGGAAGACUUCGAACCUGCGUCCCGCGGAGGGGGUUGCGCUUUUCGACACGUGCUACGACCUGUCGUCUCUGCAGAGCGUGCGGGUGCCGACGGUGUCGUUUCACUUCAGCGGCGACAGGGCGUGGGCGCUGCCGGCGAAGAAUUACUUGAUUCCGGUGGACGGUGCCGGGACUUACUGCUUCGCGUUCGCGCCGACGACGUCGUCUAUGUCGAUUAUUGGGAACGUGCAGCAGCAGGGGACACGUGUCAGCUUCGAUCUAGCAAACUCUUUGGUGGGAUUCUCGCCCAACAAGUGCUAGAUUAGAUAGAUCUUGUAAUUUACAUAUUUAACCCUGUUGUUGUUAUUAAUAAUUUAUGGUGAUAUAUAGCGGUAGGUUUCUAUUAUUAAAAGCCUAAUGGGACCCACUCAAUUAAGUUUGAGAAGGUUUUGCUUUUGCCCUUGGACCUUGGAUUGUGUGGGAUCGUAUGCAAUUGAAUUGAAUACUCUCUCGAUGGCUUCGAAAUUUGAUCAAGAUGAGGCCAUUUAGGUUUUAAGAAUGGAGUUCAUGCUUUCAUACUGCUUUCUAGUACUACUUUCUGCUGUUGGUGUAAAGGCUUGCAUGUAGGCCACAUGGCAAACAAUGUGACAAUCAUAUGAGAUCAAUUUCACAUGGGCUUGUUUGUUGUGGAGAUUUUAUUUUGGAUAAAUAAAAAAUAAAGGAGAAUUGAGGGAUGUUUGUCUCUUCA